AUGACGGAUGGCAUCUCAUACCCUCGAAUACUGGGUAAUUACGAACCUGAGUAUUCAGUUCUGGCCGCAUCGCGACGGACGGUACGUUCUCGGAUUCAGCGACAUUCUCAUCAACCCCUGAUCACGAUCAGUGAAGAUGAGACAGAGGCAGAUGGCGAGCUACCGUCGAUAUUGAGAAUUCUAAAUCAUUACUUUCACGAAACAUCUCGCACUGAUAGUAAUGCGCCAUUUAUCAAUAAUGUCAUCGCUUUACAUGAUGUUGAAUUCAGCGCAAAAUUUCCCGUGCUGGGAAUGGGACAUAACUUUGCUGUAUGGGCCAGUCCUUUUGAUCCGGACGACCGUGGCUAUAAGACCGCUGAUGGAAGGGCCAUAAAUCCCGAGGUCUAUUGUCUCAAGACACCAAAUUUUACAUCUGGAGGAAAUCUUGACAACCCUCAAGCGUUUCAGAAAGAAUACUAUGACACGACUCUGCAGGAGCUCAGAGUGCUUCUUCAUCCUCAGUUGCGAAAAUGCGAACAUAUUAUCAGCAUUUUCGGGCUUGACUUUCAAGAAGAUUACGAUGAUUCUACAUUAGCGUGGCCGGUUUUAUUGAUGGAAUAUGCCGAGUAUGGCACAUUUGAUACACUUCAGGAAGAUAUUCACAUGGACGUUGAGUUAUGUCGUGUUCUGCUGUUAGACGUUGCUCGAGGGAUUCGAGCUCUACAUCAAUGCAACAUUGUUCAUGGAGAUGUCAAGUCGGAAAAUGUUCUGAUUUGUCGUCAUCAGCAACGAAAAUAUACUGCGCGUCUUUCGGACUUUGGAUUAUCUGUCGUCAAUCCGGAUGUCUCGAAGAUAGACCAUCGAUUGCCUGGGGAAACGUUUCUCUGGGGCGCGCCAGAGUCAGAUCAACCUCUGACUGUUGAAGGACUUUUUCAAACCGAUGUCUUUUCAUUCGGACUUAUGGCGUGGAGAGUUUUCAGACACCACCCGAAUCCAUAUAGGUUGAUACCUCUUGUAGAUAUUGGCUUGAACGACCAAAGUUCUCUGAGGGAAAUAGUGGACAGUGCAAAGUCGCAUCAUGAUUUUCAGAGACUAGUCCUGAAUUCGAUGUGGACGCAACGAGAUACACCGCACUACUUUCAUUUAUUGGUUGGAUUCACACUUGGACGAGAUUCAAUGAGUCGAAGUUUGGAUCAGACUAUAUUUCUUUUAGCGCAAGGUCAAGGAUUUCCAGCUGUGCAAACCUUAGAUAGUAAGUCUUAUUGGUUGAUGGAGCAGCCUUUUACUGUGCUUGAAAAUCUUCAAGCAGCCCACCCAGAUAGUUUAUUGAGCUAUUCAUUGAAACCCGCCAUGCUAUUAUCCCUAGCCUCUGGACUGAGCAGUGUCUUUGAAUCUGCAACGAGCCUAGCAGUGGAAGGUGGUUGGCUACUUUUUCGAUUGUCGUCAGAUACACAUUUUAUGGUUCUCCAAAAAGAUGAACAAGUUUGCUGUGAUAUGCUUGUGCGAUUAUGCAAGCUGGGCUGCCUCAAAGCCAAAGCAAUAAUUGCUCAAUAUCACAUCAUUACUGGAAAACCGACUGGGUCGAUACCACUCAAUUGGCUCGAAGAAGCUGCAUCCACUGGAUCUUAUUUUGCUAAAGAGAGCCUUCGUAUGCUAGAUGUGGAUAGGUUCCAACGUCUUAUGGGUCGGCCGUUGAACUUUGAACAUGUUUCUACAGAGUCAGAUGCGGUCGAGUCCGAUCUUCACCAAGCUUGUCGAUAUGGCGAUUAUUUAGCCUGCGAAAAGAUCUUGAAUGGCCAGGACUCAUUGGCUCAACAGGACUCAGGCGUUUCACCAUAUCACUGGCUGAUCUCUUUCAGCGAUGAAACUAAAAUUCAGAAUCUCAUCACAUUGUUAAUCAGAAGAGGUGUUCCACUUGGUCUUUGGGAAGGCGAUACUGAAGAUGAUUACAAUAUUGGCAAGGUUGUCGGAACUCCAUUAUGUUGGGCAGUAUGGCACCGCAAUUGUGCUCUCACGCGUCAACUUCUCAAAGCCAUGAAAGAGAUUAAAGUUGAGGUUAUGAACCGUCUGAUAACUCUCGCGGCUUGCAUGCACUUUUUUGAUAUUAUGGAGAUUCUCCGUACUUCCAAAAUUCGAAUUUCAAAUGCAAGCAAGCCAGAUUGGCAGACUGCGUUGCUCUGCGCAGGAGACACCAGUGAUAUGAGAUUAGCUCGUCGGCUACGACACGGUGAUAACAAUCUUCGACCGGCGCUGGAUCGGACAUUUGACACACUGUUGAAAAUAUAUCAACCUACUAAAGAUGAUGUAGAGGCGUUGUUUAAGUCAGCAUUUUACAAGGACAGCCCGUAUCUAUUGAGAUAUCUCUUCGAUAAACUGAACCUAUCCAAACGAAAAGAUCUCUUGGGCGACAAAAGUCCUGAUUUGUUAUUGAUCACUGUCGCGGCGGGGCAAAAAGAAUUAUUCGAAACAUUCAUUGCAAGAGGGCUGAUAAAUCCCAGCACAGAGCAUGGGAGACAAAAAUGGAGACCACUACAAGUAUGCUGCUUCACACGACAACCUGAUCCAUAUUUUGCACGACGACUGAUUGAAAUCGGAUGUCCAGUCGAUGGUGUUGGAAGUACAAAAGAUACUAUCUGGACGCCAUUCGCCAUAUCAGUCUGCUCUGGGAGAUUUGCUGUUGCCACAGCACUUCUCGAGUUGGGAGCAAAUAAGAAUGCACUUUUUGGAUGGCUGGGAGGGACAUCUGUGACGAUGAAUCUGUUACAGUCUUGGCCCGACAUACCCAUCUCCCGUCUUAAAUAUUUAUUAGAAGAUGUUCCUCGACUCGGAUUCGGGCAUGUAAAUUUUUGGGGCUGGCCAGGUGCCGGUGGAAAUCUUCUUUACGCCUUAGCUAUGAACCAUUGGCCAUCUUAUACCAACGGAAAUCGUCUCGAAGAGACUGCGAAAUAUAUCCUAAGUCAGGUAGCAGAUAAAAGUUGUCUCAAUCGAAUUGACAAAAUGGGACAAACAGCGCUGAGAAUGGCGUGUGCUUUUGGGAAUUACGAAAUUUGUCGAGCUCUGGUUGAAGCUGGUCAAGAUGUUAAUAUGUCCGCUGGACCGACACCAUUGAAUGGAGCCUUGGAAUGGAGAGGGAAAUGCUACAAGAAGGAAAGGGAAGCACUUGCUAAUCCGAAUGGACCAGGUAGGGUCGGUAGACAAGCUCAGACUUUACGGAUUAGGGCAGAGAUGACGGUAGAUUUUCUCAUCGCGAAUGGAGCUGUGGAUCGUGGCAUUGCAGGUAGUGUACAGAGUACAAGUGACUGGUGGUAUGGAAGUGGUAGAGAAGCGUUUAGUUAUGAGACAAUCUUCGAAAUGUUCUCCUCUGCCAUCGAUUCUCGUAGCUCUGUCAACCCCGGGAGUACACCUCUAAACCCGUCUUCUGCAAACGAUUUCCGCGCUCAUCACGGAAAUAAAACAUGGAUACAGAAGCGGCUUGCAAAUCUUGGGAAGCGUCUUGAUGGGAAUGCGGUUGUCGAGAUUCCAAAGCCUAGAUACUCGCAACAUAAUUGUUUACCUUGGAGGGACUGUGGUUGUUCCUCUAAUGCUGGAUUGGUUUAUGAACCGCAAGGGAUGAGACCGAGUGUUCCAACUCGUCCGUCUUCUGUCUCAACGGUAUCAUCUGGAUCAAAUUCAUCGAGACUUUAUUUGCAGACACCUGCUUCUUCGACGUCUUCGCUGCCGACUUUCGAGAAUUCGUCGCAGCGUCGACAGUCUCUGCCUUUUAUUCCACCUCAACAUUACGGGGUGCUGCCAAAGCCGGCAAUCCAGAUGCCGGCGAUUGCAGAAUUGCCUGGAGAACCUGUCGGACAGCAACAUGCAAUGCAGUUGCCAAUCAGAGUAGUGAGGCCACAAUCUCUUCCACCGGGAGCGAGCCCAUAUAACCAGCCUGGACCACCUCGUCCGCCGUCAACUAGCUCAUAUAGCCAGCCAGGAUCUCAUAAUCUCACGUCCACGAUUCCAUCGUAUAUCCAGCCUUCAACACGAUCUCCGCCACCUGCAACAAGCCAGUACAUCCAACCAGUCUCAUACGUCCUUCCCACUACGUCUACCUUCGUCCAUCCGCGACCGCAAAUUCAUUCCGUACCGCCAACAUUUCUAAAUGUGGUAGACGAGCGAGGAAACGCUGUACCAGUGACAACCGCACCCGGAUUCUCUCAAACCAGCCAGAACUCCGUCUUCAGUCAAAGAUACAACCAGAACCACUCACCAGCAUCAUACACACCGGUCUACGUACCAACCUACGCACCAACACCGCUACCAGUACAAUCACCUUACGCCCAACCAUUCCCACAACAGCAGCCACUGUCCCCUACAACGCCGCAACACCUUCAGCCGGUACUUGACAACAUAAAAACCGCACUCCUCCUCCACUUCCUCGAGGGUGGAGGAAUGGAGUUGUCCCGCGAAGCACUGAUAUCACAUACCUAUUCAACAUUACAAUCGCUCUUACGCGCACCGAUCAUUCUCUCUAACCCAGGGUCGAAUAUACAGAUAGAAGAAUGCGCUGAAUUCAAAGAGACAAAAGCAGUCGUUGAGCGAUGUCUAGAAACCAUGGGAAUCGGCGGGUGUAUCAGUCUAAUCGCCGAAUUAGGAGAUGGCUUGGUGGGUAUACACGUUUGUCUGAACUAA